AAGGGUAUUUGCAGUAAGCUGCGAAAUCGCACCAAUGCAUUCUUAUAUAAAGCAAUUUGCGAAAGCAAUUUCAUAUUAUUAACAUAAUGAAAUUACUGAUUGUUUUAAUCACCUUGUUGAUUAUUGAUUUUGGUGUGGCCCAAUGGCAUUACCAAUGGCAAUGGAUGGGCCAAGCAAAAUCUUCCCGUACCUCGUGUGAUUGGAAUACAGGAAGAUACAAAUGCAGCAAGGAAAGUUGCACACAUUCAUUCGACGGCAAAAAAGAAUGUAGUAUAACAGAAGUUCCAGCAGCUGGAUUCCCUGCAGCAAAUAAUGGAUAUAUCCCAAACUCAGGGAUCGGAGGUGCCAUUUAUGAAAGCCAUGGCUCAACCAAUUACGAAUACGGAAACACAGGAAAUCGUGGUCAUUCAUCUCGGAGACAUUGCAGAACGCACAACGGAAUACAAACUUGCAUCUAUCAACGAUGCACUUUUAUCAACGGGAAGCAAGAGUGUUUCUCAAGCGAAAGCAACCCAAGUGCCGGAUCGACAGGAAGAAACGAACAAGUCCCCAGUGAAUAUAAUGUGUAUUACCAAAAUUUUGGAAACAGCGGCCCAAAUGGUACACCUUCAAAAAAAAGUGAAAUUUCACAUGCAGAAUUUCCUGGAAGAUUUAACUGAUUAUAUUACUUGCAAGUUGUUGAAUUAAAUUGAGAUGUACAAUUUAGCAAUAAAAAGCAAUUGUCUUAAGCCUCA